AAUUGAUGGUUCUUUGAUGAAAUGAUUCUUGUCUACGCCAAUAUUUGGGAUCUGGAAAAGAGUUGCCAACAGCUGAACUGCCAACACUGAGAGAUGUCCUAAGAUAUGGUAUUUUUUUAAGAGAAACAAGCAAACUAAACAGAAGAAACUAUAGUAAUUCUGAUUUGAUCCAGGAUAUUUAUAAUAAACUUUCAGAAAAAUGGCAAAUAGCCAGUGUUUUAUUUGUGCCUUCCGUAAUUAGUUUAAAACAUAAUUUGGUAACAAGACUUAAAGUUGCAUGGAACAAAGCUAACCUGAUUUCUCAAAAUAGAGUAAUUAAAUUUAUAAAACAAAAGUUUAAUUUAAUUAUUGACAAACUAUUUGAUUUGGUGGAGUGUAACUGUAAAAUAUCUCUUUGUUCUGAGCAAUGCUGUUCUACUGGCUGUAAAGUUGGUGCCCACAUUACCUGCAUAUGUCCUAGGGAGAGAAAAAUACCAAUAAAUGAACUGGUUUAUAUAAAAGCCCAACGAGAAAAGAUUGGAUUUUUAAGUUCAUAUUAACUUGGGCCUGCUGAUUUGAUGGAGUCCAAAAAGUUCAAAAAAGUACAAAGUUGCAAACGAAGAAAAGAACAAGAAAAACAAAUGAGAGAAAAAAAACACACUACUCAAAAAGAAAAUAAUACGCAAUAUGAACAAGAUAACGAACAUGAAAAUUAUGAAGGGAAGUCUAAUGAAAAUGAGAUUUUUUCUAAUCAAAAGCCUUGUACAAAAUAUUUAAAAAAAUCUAGAAAUUAUGAAGAUAUCUCUAAUAUUGCAUUGGCCAGUAUUCGAUAUGGUGUUGGUUUAAGAGCAACUGCAGCCAUAGCUACUGCAGCAUGGGUAGAUGGAGGACUUGUAUCCCAAAAUGACACUAGAUUAAUAAUAGAUCACAGUAAAGUUCGGAGAGCUAGGGAUAAAGUCACGAAUGAAGUUGCUGUUCAGUUUGAUGAUUAUUGUAAUAAAGAGAUUAUUGACUGCAUAUUUUUUGAUGGGCGAAAAGAUCUUACUAAAGUAUUUUUAACUGUAGAUGGAUCAGACAGACAGUAUCCGGCUAAAGUAAAAGAAGAACAUUACACUGUUUGUUCUGGUGAUGGUAAGUAUUUAUUUCAUUUCACUCCAGCUAAAGAAGCAAAAAAGAACCAUGCUGAAAUUAUAGCAGAUAAGAUUAUUGAGUAUACUGCAAUGAGAAACAUUAGUACACACCUAAAAGCAAUUGGCGGAGACUCUACCAAUGUAAACACUGGUUGGGAUGGAGGACUAAUGCACUUUAUGGAGCUGAAAUUAGGGCGAAAGUUAAAUUGGAUUGUCUGCGCUCUACAUACCAAUGAAUUAAUACUCAAACGUUUAAUUAAAUUGUUAGACGGAGAAUCUAAAAGCGGUACAAAAUGGAGUGGACCCAUUGGAAGCUUACUUGAUGAAGCAACCAAUCUUGAAAUUAACCCUUUUUUAGUACAGUGGAAACUGGUGAGCCUCUAAUUAACUUGAGUAAUGAUGUGGUUAAAGACCUUUCAACAGAUCAGUAUUAUGGCUAUCAAAUAGUUAAAGCUAUACGCAGUGGUCAUGUUCCUCAGCAACU